AUGUAUAACGACGUGCGUCGUCGGCCGCCCUACUACUGGAGUGAUAUCACAGAUGCCUGGAGAUACCGCGUCGUCGCAAGUACUAUCCGGAUGUACCUUGUCAACAUGCUCCCUGCCAUCGCAUACACACUGGAUAUGUACCGCCGCACUGGCGAGUUCUACGGCAUCAACGAGGCGCUCUUCUCGUCUGCCAUGGCAGCAAUGAUCUUCAGUGUCUUGGGUGCGCAGCCUUUGACCAUCGUCGGAAUUACGGGUUUGAUCUCGCUGUUCAACUACACCAUCUACGAUAUCGUGACUAUCUACGAGCCGGCCGUCUACCCGAAUUUCAUGUGCUGGACUGCCAUCUGGGCGGCGAUCUUCCACUGGAUCGUGGCUGUCUUCAAAGGAGUCGAGGAACUAGUAACCGAGUUUACCACGCGCGGCAACACCGCCGGGUUCAUGAGCACUAUGGUUGCCAUCCUGUACUUUCUCACCAUCUACGGCCUGGAACGGCUCGGCUCCAGCACCAUCUGGAAACCGUGGUUCGGGGGUUUACUGGCCGACUACGCAUAUGUGAUCGGGACCAUCUUCUGGGUAGGAUUCUCACAUAUACCCGGUAACCUCAAAGCAACCCACGUCUCAUUCGUCCCCAUCACCCGGGCGUUCUACCCUACCCAGCCGCGCGGCUGGCUCAUCCAUUUCUGGGAGCUCGAUGCCAAAUGGGUAUUCGCCGCACUGCCCUUUGGGUUCCUGGUGAUGCUCCUCUUCUACUACGACCACAACGUAAGCAGCCUAACCGCCCAAGCAAGACGAUUCCCCCUUAAGAAACCUGCCCGUUUCCACUGGGACUUCUUCCUCCUGGGCUGCACCACCUUCCUAGCAGGCAUCACCGGCAUCCCAUUGCCAAACGGCCUAGUGCCCCAGGCCCCCGUACACACCGACUCCCUAACCAUCUACAAAACCUCCCUCCGCACCAUCUCCACCUCCGAAGGCGAGGGCGCCGAAAUCCGCCGCCCAAUCGUAACCGCCACCGCCGUCGUCGAGCAACGCAUCUCCCACUUCCUCAUGGGCCUGCUCAUCAUCGGCACCAUGACCCGCCCGCUGCUGAUCGUCCUGCACACGAUGCCCGCCGCCGUCUUCGCAGGCGUCUUCUUCACCGUCGGCUGGGGCUCCAUCGAGUCGAACGGCAUCCUCCAGAAACUCAUCUUCCUGGCGCGCGAGAACCGCUUCAUCCAGCGCGAUGAGCCGCUGUUGACUGUGCGACGGCGCAAGGUCGCGCUGUAUAUCGCCUGCCAGGUGGUGGGCGUUGCGGCGACGGUGGCCAUCUCGCAGACGAUUGCGGCGAUUGGGUUCCCGAUUCUGAUCAUUGCGUUGAUUCCGUUUCGGGUGUGGGUUAUGCCGAGGAGCUGGAUGUCAUGGAUGAUUUGA